AUGAAAGCAUAUGGGAAUGGAUCUGAAGACUGUUUGCCUGUUCAUUUGCACAUAAAGCAUCUCUAUCUUCCGGCUAUGUAUGGGAUCAUUUCUGUGGUGGGCCUCAUGGGCAACCUGACAGCCAUCACCGUCUACGUGGUGAAGUUGAGGCCUUGGAAGAGUGGAAGCGUUGUCAUGGUGAACCUGACCAUGGCAGACCUGCUCUAUGCCCUCAGCUUGCCCUUCCUGGUUCACUUCUACAGCACAGGGGACUGGACCCUGUGCGAGUUCAUGUGCCGCUUCCUGCAUUCCUGCUUCCACUUCAACAUGUACAGCAGCGUCCUCUUCCUCGCUUGCUUCAGCGUGUUCCGUCACGAGGCCGUGGUUUAUCCGCUCUGGGCGGCUCAUGUCCAGAGGAGUAAGUACUGGGGCAUCUGGGCCUGCAUGGCGGUGUGGGUGGUCUCACUUGCUGAGAUCACUCCCAUGCUUGGCAUGAUCACGACCCAGAUGGAGGGCACCAGCACGAUGUGUCUGGACUUCGCCAGCAACGACCCUGAGCAGGUUUGGUGGUAUAGCUGGCCGCUUACUGCGCUGGGUUUCUUGCUGCCCAUGGUGGUGGUGUGCUAGUGCUACUCCCACAUUGGUGGCACCCUGGGCUGGAGCCUGUCAGCCAGAAGGCCAAGCCGGUUCCAAGCCUACCUUCUCACCAUUGUGGUGUUGGCCAUGUUGAUUGGCUGCUUUCUGCCCUAUCAUUUCCUGAGGGCAUUGAGGGUAGUGAGCUUGAAGGGCAGCACAAUGUCCUGUGGACUGAAGAGAAUCGUCAACUCCGCCUACAUGCUGUCACGGCCCUUGGCAGGCCUCGACGCCUUCUACAACCUGGUGCUGUACACACUGUCUGGAGACAAGUUCCAGCAGGCUUUCUGUAGCCUGGUAUGGCAGAGGAGGUCUACCAGCAGAAUGGCGGCUGUGAUUCGCUCACCAUGCAGUCUUUUGAAGACCCACUGA